AUUGAUUACAUACUGCUGCUUGACUCCAGUGCGGGGCUCGAUUUCCAGUCUUACCAUUGUUGUUAACACCAUGCAUUCCCAUCGUUUGUGGCUUCAACUACCCUUGUGGCUUCGGCGAAUCCGCCGGUCCCUAGCUGACUGGUGGGAAUCUCCAAUUCCCACCGUGUAUAUCCCACGCAACCAGGGAUUCAAACAUUUCUUCAGAUGUCAUCAACGGAAACUACCACCAGGGGCGCUAAACGACGGUGGAUGUGAUGAUCGGCAUGAUCGCGGUGCAGUGCGCGCGGGUGCACAGCGUACUAGCGCCGGGCGCUGGUCGGUACCAUGACUGGCUCUAUUCGAUGAUGUAGUCCAGAUCUUCCCCACUCUAUCUCUUCAUCAUUGAUGAUGCUUCCUGUUUUUCGGCUACACAUUACACUUAUGACAUCGAGAUGACAUAGAAAAUGCGCGAAACGUGCAUAUUCUUAGGGCUUGGGGAAUGCGUUGUCGUUUGAGCACUUGCACACCCUGACC